AUGGGCGAGAGGAUUACCCUCCAGCGGAGGGGCUCAAAGGCUGAGUUUCAGCUAUCGUCGUUUGCGACGUUUUCCCUGUUCGAAAAGCAUGUCAAAAGCAAGUUAGAGGUUGACUCCGAAGAGUUCGUGGUGACAGACUUCGACCGUGAAACCGUCAUCGACGAAGCGGUCUACUUAUCGAUGCGGGCUGGCGACUACUGGCGGCGCAACCCAAAGGCCAACCGCUUGUUUUUGGUGCUCGACAGCAUCAACGACCCUCUCGAGGGUGAUGUCGAGCUGGAGGUGUCGUACCAGCCGCACUUCAACACUAUCACCAAGAGCGGAGAUGCCCACUUCAGCAAGAUCCCGCACGCUGUCGCGGAGCUCGUCGACAACUCUAUCCAGGCAACCACCGACAAUGUGGGGCCCCGCACGGUGGAGAUUGAGGUCGAGCUGGGGGGUAGGGGGGGUAGCUUCCUCGUGGUGAAGGACAACGGCAGAGGGAUGAACGCUUCCGGGCUGAAGGACUUUGCGACCUACUUCCUCACGCAGGUGGUGACCAAGACGGCCCGUCUUCCAGACGUGUGCGAGUUCGUGAUGAACGAAGCGGAGUUCGAGCGUCGAGCGGAGACCAACUCCGCGAUGUUCCGCGACAAGAUCAAGCAGCGGAACCCCGGAAAGAGCAGGGCGGAGGGCCCGGAGGCCGAACGGAACGGGCCGGCGCACGAGCUGCUGGGACGGUUACGGGCGCAAGAGGUCGGGAAAAGCCAUUUCACCUACAUUGUACUCACAUUGCGGGAUCAGCACGUGGAGUGGUUCAGCAACCACGACAAGGGGUCGCUGAAGCGAGAGCUGGCUUCGAUUUACCAUUACUACCUUCACCCUGAACACUGCCCGGGUGGUAUCCAAAGGGAUGACGACAUGCCGAGCUCCUUCGAGGACAACAACCGUGCUGGUGCUGACGGCCGGGGGGAGGAAGGGGCUGCGAGUUCUACCACACACGGCGACCCCGGCGGACAGGGAAGCGGCGCAAUCGGUUCCUCUUCGGGAGGUGGUGGCGGCCAGAGGGCGCUGGAGAUCACGUACACGCGGCGCAAUCGAUCGGGACAACCGGCGGAUGUGUGCCGUUUGGGCGACAUCACCGACGACGUCGAGAGCAGGCGACGGUUGUACUCCCGGUCGGAUGCCAUCAAGGACGAUGUCGAGAGCAGGCUCAACGCUGCACGAAAAGACUCGUUCAUGUUUCACAUGGAAGUGCUCCACCCGAUGGUGAACCCGCGGGACGAGACGAAGCGCCUGCCCGUGACGGUGAGGAGCUUAUUGCCCGACGCUAGCGUCGCCGCAGAAGCUCGACGCGUACCGGUUACGGGGGUGAUCCAUUACUACCCUUACGACGGAGAGAAGGAGACCAGGCCACAAGUUCGGCCCGACGAGGAGGACGACGAGUCGAUCACCAUAGAGGCCUUCUGGGAGGGCCGCUUGGUGCCGGAGAGCCACGCCGCGUGGCUCCCUUUCUUCCCGUCGCACAAGCCGAACAAGAAAGAAAGAGAGGCGCUCGGCACCAGCUGGAGACGACGCAUCAAGGGCAUGCUCUUCUUCGACUGGAACUUCCCCAUCAGCAACAACAAGCUCAAGCUGCAGUUUCUGGAGGGGGACCUCCACACAGCCCUGAACGCGAACUACCUCCCGCCCAAGCAUCCGGCGGUCAUCUACCCCGGGGUGCGGGGACGCAACAUCCAGAAGGAGUUCAGAGAGUGGCUCAUCAAGUGCCACGAGACACUGGACGUGGAGUACCGUUUCGACGACAAGAUGCCCAGCCCGGCGAGCUCCAAGUACAUCAAGUGGAGGACGAUGACCUUCGGGAAAGGCGGGUCGACCUUCACCACCGAGAGCCGCGUCAAGCUUCCCUUCAUGAAGCCCAACGUUUACGGCGUCAUAAACUAUUUCAGGACUGAGAUGGAUGAUGAUGACGAGGAAGGGCCGAAGCAGGGCAUGUUCUGCCUCCAGCGUUCCCCCGAGGAGAUUUUCGGUGACGACGAUGCGGCUUCCAAGCUCUACCCGGUCACGGAGCUGGACCCGCACAAGUCCUUGAUGAAGUCUGACGACUGGGCCAAGGCUCUCUCGACGAUGCGCAAGCAGCUGCCGUCGCGGCUAAACGUUGUGAUGGUCGGGACAGAGCGGCCGCUGCCCAAGAGGCUGACCAUCAGGACUGGCAAGGCGGAAAGCACGAAAGUCAGCGUGCAGAUCUUGGAUGGCAACAAGAAGCCCAUGGUGCAGAUCCCCCAAGGCAAGGCUCUGCGCGCGAUAGAGGUUCUUGAGCGCUUGGGUGAAGACAGAGAACCAGAGCCGGUCCUGAGCUUCCUCGCCAAGCCCUUCACGGGCAAGCAGUACGACAAGAUGUACUUCUUCGACCCCAUGAACAUCAAGGAGCCGGGGGACUACACCUGGACGGUGGCUAUUGCGAAGGAGGGCGCCUCGAUCAAGAACAAGUCCGAGAGGCUCCUGUCCGUGACAUGCAACAUCACGGUCCUGCCCGGCAACCCUACCAAGUCCUUCCUAGAGGGGGAUGACUGGGAUGUGUCCCUCCCUCUGGGAGACCCGUGCUGGCUGCCAGCGUUCGCAGUGAAGCUCCGCGACGCGAGCAAGUGCGUGUGUCCGAUGCGGGCCUACAAGUCCGUGACGGUCUCGUGCUCGGAGCCCGGGGCUUUCGACAUCAAGCACGCCUCCUCCGGCUCCGCGACGCACGAGAUGGCUCUGGGGAAGGCGACGAGCGACUCCGCGGGCCCCCUGGAGUACGAUGACCAUUCGUGGCGGCUUGUUCCGAAGCAGGCGGGCCUGCUGUCGGCGGCGGAGUACCGCACCCGCGCCAUCGAGUUCGAGGUCUCCGUGGUGGCUCACAUGCAGCAGGACAGGCAGCAGGACGAGGACGAGAAGGUCUUCAAGAACACGUUCGAUGCCACUUUCGAGCCCGGCAAGCCGACGGAACUGGUGCUGCUGUCCCCAGCCUCCGACAGCGACAGCGGCCCCGUGAUGACUGCGGAUGCGGGGAGCAGCCUGCCGGCGUUCUCCCUGGGGGCGAUGGACGCCUGCGGGAACCGGACGGCGCCCCCUCACAACGAAGCGUGGCAGGUCAGCCUCGAAAUCACGGCCGCGAGCGCGGGCGACGCCGGCGAGGUAGGUCCCGAGUUCGCGGGCCCGGCGAGGCAGAGUGUGGCUGCCGGGGCGGCGAGCUUCAAUGAUUCCGUGGUCAAGUGGCACCGGCCGCUCAAGUCGGACGGAGAGCUUGCGGUGGUGGACGCUACGCUUUUGGUCGGCACUAGCGGCAAGGACAUGAAGCAAGUGGCCUCGACGUCCUUCACGGUGCGCGUGAUGCCUAGCAAGGUCCCCUUCCGGGCCGUCGUCUGCCUCGACGGCACCGCCUGGCCGGACCCCGAGGAAGCGGAACACGCGCCGGCGGCGGGGACGGGGGCGGCCAAGGCCGCCGACGCGGUCGGGGUGAGACGCGCGUAUGCCGCCGGCGGGGAGAUCUCCGGGCUGCACCUGCGGCUCUACGACCAGGGCGGGAGCGAGCUUGUGGUGGGCAAGGACACGUUCGAUGCUUCCAACAAGGAGGCCGUUACCUGCAGCUGGGAUGCCGCCUGGCGGUGGCCCCCGAAGACUGCCGAAAUGGGGCUGGGGUACGACGUUCUGCCCGACUUGAAGGUGCCGACCCAGCUGUCGAGACUGGAGAACGGCAUCCACCACGCCAAGGUCGUCGUCACCCCGAGGGCUGUCGGCGGGUGGCCACUGACUCCGCUCCCGGCGACCUUUGCGUUCGCGGUGCAAGCAGGACCGGUUGCUCGAUGGAUGGCAGUGAAGCCCUCGGCGGGCGGCAACAUCACGGACAACAUCACCCCUCUCGAACUCACCAGCGGCGGCGACGCCAAGGCGUGCCACGAGGCUCUCAAGGCGGUUGUUAAAGGCUUCGUUCCCGUCGACAGUUAUGGGAACUUGGUCAAGAACGUGCCCAGAGCACCCGAGAUCAGGAUCGAGGGCAUGCCACUUACGAACCUGUUGCCGGAGCACCAGUGCAAGCUCAUGAAGCCCUCCAAGGUGAACGGCCACUACCACUUCCCCCGCAGCCUCAACCUUGAAGGCCCCCCCGGUCAGAGCGGUCACAUUCUCAUCAUGGGCUCCAGCAGCGAAGGCUCCGCCAACGGAGGCGGAGAUCAGGGGGGCGGGGCGGCGGCGGGCGGCGUCGUGGACGAGACGCGCGUGCUGCGCCUGCCGGUGUCGAUAAGGGCGGGGCCCCCGGUGCAGCUGCUGAUCCGCUCUCCCGAGCUAGGGGUCGAGCAGUUCACCAGAGAGAUACGGGCGACGCAGCUGUCGGGCUUCACGGUGAGCGACCUUGAGGUGCAUCUGGUGGACAAAAACGGCUUCGAUGCCCACAUAGGCCCGAAAGGCGUCAGGCUCUUGGUGACGCCACGCGACGCCCUGCCGUCUGAAGGCGGCGGCAGCGGCAGCGGCGGGCUCGGCUCUCCCCGUGGCCGGAGAAGCGCCUCUUCGUCGUCGAACUCCUCGUCCGGAAAGAAGGACCUGUCGAAGCGAGCCACCAACGAGCCGCAGGUAACCAUGCCCAAGUUCUCCCUCGACCAGAAUGUUCUGGGAGGGGAUGAACAGGCCUCUGGCAAGACCAGCAAGAGCGUAGAGCGGGCACAGAGGGAGAGGGCUGCGAGGGUUGCGAAGGAGGGGGUGGCGCUGCUGGUGCGCGCGGAGGUGGCUGACCUGGACGUUGAGGCGGCGACCAUCUACUGGACAAGGCAGAGGACCUGUGCCGUUACAAAGGUGAAUCUCGCCGCGUUGUCGCCGCCGCCAGCUCCGACGACGACGCCAUCCUCUCCGUCGGAGCCUACCCUACAGGAGCCCACGAUGCUCGGCUCGGUCAUCGGGCAGAGAGCCAGGAGGUACGGGCUCGUGAGGCCGGCGGACGGUCCCCUCCCGUCCUUGGUGGUUUGGUUCGAGACGGACAACAACAGCCCGUGCGAGCCGCCGCCUGACAGCGUCACCUUCACCGUAACCUCCGUUUCGAGCACAGCCGGAUCCCACGACUUGUACAACGCGCGUGAGAAGCUUCUCCGGACACAAAGCAACCUGUACCACCCGCCGGUACCAGCGCCCGCGAGCUUGGGCAAGGACCACGCUUUGGUUUUCCAUCCCAAGAAGGAUGUCAUGGACCAGGACGUCGGGGAGCACUACAUCUCGUGUACGUACUCAGAGCGUAGGCCGCUGGCGACACAGGGCACCCAGGGCGAGGGGGAUGAGAGGGUGCAAGAGAUGACCCUACGCGUGGUCGCAGGUGCACCCGCAAAGCUGGAGCCCAUGUCGGACGACGCCAACCUGUUCCACUCUCUGAGCGCCAGCAACCAGACGCCUAUGAACCCGAACGAUGACGAGGCCAAGCACGCGAGGCAGCUGGUCGAGAAGACCUUCCGCUUCACGGCCAACGACUGCCGCGGGAACCUCGCCGGCACCAUCAAGGGCCCCGUGCGUAUGCGGAUUGAGAACGUGGACGGGGUGGACGUGCCGCCGUCGGAGAUGCCUUGGCUGGAGGAUUCCGACGCCGACGGUUACGUCUUCGCCGAGCCAACCGCGACCGGGGUGUUCCUGUUCGAGGAGAACUGGCUGCAGCCCGGGGUCGGGUCGAGAGAAGCGGACUACAAGCUGGUGGUGGACAGCGCGGGCGACCCCGAGCUGCAGCCGUGGAGCACCAACUUCCGGUUCGAGACCGAUGAGAAGCGGCUCACCUCCAUCCGAGAGGUCAAGGCGCGCCUGAAGCCUCUCGAGGACAAAGUCGACCGUUUCAACGCGGCCCUACACGCGGCGGUAACACGGCAGGAGAUGGCGCUCGCAAACGCCAAGGAUUCCGCGAGGGACCUCCCCCGGAGCUUGGCAUCGUCGAUUGACCUGGACAGCCAAGACUACUCUGCGUGCAUGAACGAGGCAAAGCGGUUGCUGAAGACGUUCGAGGAGGAGCAGCGCGGUCGGCUGAGCCAGCAGGCCAGGCCCCUCAAGUUCGAGCAUGGCAGAAUGCGCCCCGAAGACGAGGAGGCGAUCAAGCCCGUCGGGUACAUCGCCCAGCUCGGGUAUGUGCAAGACGAGUAUCGAGCGAAGCUCCUGUCCCAGAAGUGCGGGAGCAAGAUGAAGGCGGUUUACGUGGAGACCAAGAAGCAGCUCGACAUGGUGCGGAAGGCGCAGGCCGGCGGGUUCUGCCAAGAGACCGUCCCAAACUUCAGGGUUCCAGGAGAGUCCAGGCCGCGGAACGCCGCAGAAAUUGCUUCGAAGAAGCUCCCUCUCCGCGCGCUGAAGGACAAGGGGUUCAAGGGCUACCUUGCGAACAUGAUCGAGGCGAGUGAGGCGCUCCCGGAGGACCAAGAGCACCUUCGCGACACCCUCUUCAGCGCCCUCUAUGGUUCGGUGGUGAUGUUCGAUACACACGACAACGCCCACGCGUACCAGGUCCGGUGCAAGAAGGUCGGAACGUUCUCCCUCCCGAUCCUCGUGGAAGAAGAUGGGGCCUCGCUGGAGCGGAACGGUUACAUGCCUCCCGCCAAGGACCCCGACAGCCUAAACAGGCUUAGGAUCGUCUACGGUGCCAUGCCACCUCACCUCACGCCCGAGUACGUGAAGACGGAGCGGUUCGUCAAGCAGCUCAAGAACCUUAUCCCCGCGCUGGAGCAAGUGCUCGAGGCGACAGCCGAGGUUUCGGAGGUGGAGAGCGGCCAUGACGCAGACCGGUGGCGCCAGGAGAUCAGCUCCCUUACGAAAGAGCUGGACGACCUCACGUCAUGCGGGACUCCUUCCAAGAGGGGAGGAGGAGCGGGAGGCAGGAGUGCCGGGAAAGUGACCAGGGCAAACGGUGGUGGCGGCAGCAGCAGCAGCAGCCUGGGCAAGCGCAACGGCAGCACCGGUGGAGGGAGGGCCAGCAGCGGCGGCAGUGGGAAGUCGUCCAAGCGGAGGAAGUCUUCGGAGGCGGCGGCGGGGGCGGGGACGGUGGCCGGUGGCCGGCCGGUGAAGCGGUCACGCUCCCGGCGAUAGAUUGUAGGGAUGGCGGAUGUCGGCUCACGAGCAUGUCGCGCCGAAGGGCCGCAGGGGGGUCGGUGUCUUCGGUUCUACCUACGGGUUUGUCCUAGUUGUUGUUUUGGUUGUACAUGCCGAGUGGUCCCAGGGUCGUUGUUUUGGUUCUCCACGUACCGGGAUCUGAUUGGCCGAAGAUCCUCGGACAACGUUCGUAGCCAGGGUCGAGACUUGAGGACGUUUGCCCGUAGUUAUCCGACGGCGUCAUUAUUGUUGUUUUGGUUCUGCACACAUACAUCCACAUGGGUGAUUUUUCCGACAACCUACGGGGAUGGCGGUGCGUGGCGAUAUCGUUAAGGUCGAGACUCGAGACAGGAUUUUCGCCCGCUGUUGUCCCAGCGGUCUUGUCGUGUUUUGGUUCUGCACACACACAACGAAAUCUGAUUGGCCGAAGGUCCUUGGAUGGCGGUGCGUGGCGUUGUGGUGAGACUGUAGCCGAUGAUCGGUGUGUCUCAUGUCGGCUCUUUGACUGUUUCCUGUGCAUACGAGGAGGAGGCGGGCAAUCUCCCGGUCGGCUCUUACGUUUCUGGCACGACACAUACUGGUAAGUGGUGUGCGGGAGGGGGUUGGGUAGCAUACGUGGGGUAGCACAUUCUGCUUGCCUGGUUGCUUGAUUGCCAUGAUGACGGUGAUCCGCUGUUGGCGAACAUGGCCAAAUGAUGGAGAGCAUCGCUUGUGUACAUCUCGCCGCUUGGUGGCUGCUUUCAGGUUCGCCCACUGCGUCGGAUGUUGAUGCGUUUGUUUUGCGUAUUUUUCCGGAAGUUCCCGUGGUAGGCCAACGUGCGAGGGUCGAUCGGGAAGAGCGGCUGUGCAUCAUGAGAGUAGUACAGGAGAGGAUUAUUUUUUUAGGUGAAAGCGGAAAGACACCGGGAAGUCACUGUCUGAAUGCAGGAAGUUCCGAUGCAUAGGUCGACGGCGAAGGGUCGGUGAGCACCAUCGGUAGUAGUUGAAAAGGGUUGUUUGUUGUUGUGUCAGUCGUUUAAGGUGUAAAGCGCGGGGGAGUUUUGCUUGGAGUUUGAUAUUUUGUGUAUAACAUCGUUUACAUCGAAAUUGAAAGAGAAUAUUUUCAUGGUGCAUAGGUCACGUCACGAGAUCCUUAAUGUAAACGGGAACGAAAGGAAGCGGCUUAACUGUAGUGCGCAGUCGAGAGCGCAAACGCACGCAUAGUUUUCGCGGGUUGGUGUGCGUCGUGUUUUUUUCGUGUUCUGGGAAUUCUUGCUUUCGUUUCCAGCGGUGGAUGAGCACGUGUGCUACUACCGGUCGUUGUGGUAUUUGUGGGAUGUUUUAAGGUCGCAGUUACUUGCUUACGUUUGACGACACGUAUUUUUGAUCGAGCGCGCGCACCCGGACUCGCGUGGGACAAGCAGCCGUCGAGAGCCCGGAGGGCGGGCAGCAGAAGAAAAGAAAGACAUGAACUCUUGGUGUUGUUCCUCUACUUCCAAGGUACAAGCA